AUGGCUUUCACUUCUCUAUUGUCCUCAGUAGGCUAUCUUGAAAUAUUUAUGGCAAUCUUUUUCUUUCUUGUAUUCUGGGUUUUAGCAGAUUAUAACAAUGUCCUGCCAAGGAAUUACCCGAUUUUCGGAAUGCUCCCAAUCCUUCUUCUCCAUAUACACAAUAUCCAUGAAAAAACUACAGAGGUUCUUUCAAGAACUGGAGGAACUUUCUUGCUAAAAGGCCCUUGGUUUACUAACAUGGACAUUCUUGCCACAGUAGAUCCUGCAAAUGUGCAUUAUAUCAUGAGUGCAAAUUUUACUAAUUUCCCAAAAGGGCCAGAAUUCAAGAAGAUUUUCGACAUUUUAGGCGAUGGAAUUUUCAAUGCUGACUUGGAUUUGUGGAAGGAUCAGAGGAAGCUCGCGCGAGAAAUGAUCAUUCAUAAGAGAUUUCACAAGUGUUUGAUAAAAACUAGUUGGGACAAAGUCGAAAAUGGUUUGAUUCCAGUUCUUGAAUUUGUGGCUAAAGAAGGCAGAAUUGUUGAUUUGCAAGAUGUUUUCAAGAGAUUCACAUUUGAUACAACAUGUAAAUUAGUCAUGGGCUUUGAUCCUGGCUACCUCUCUCUCGAACUCCCUGACAUUCCCUUCUCGAAAGUCAUGGAUGAUAUUAAUUAUGUCUGUUUCAUACGCCAUGUAUUCCCCGAAAGUGUCUGGAAGUUGCAAAAAUGGCUAGGAAUUGGGCCUGAAAUGAAACUAAACAACGCAGAGGAAGUCAUUGACCAAGUUAUAGUUAAGUAUAUAGCGAUGAAACGUGACGAAUUGAGCGGAGGAGCAAAAAUUGAGGAAGAUGAAGACGGUUUCGACUUAUUAACAUCAUACAUUGCACUUAAUGAUGGAGAAACAAAAACAGAGUUGAAGUUUGAUGAUAAGUUCUUGAGAGAUACCACAUUAAACUUCAUGAUCGCGGGGCGCGAUGGAGUUAGUGCUUGCCUUGCUUGGAUCAUUUGGCUAGUUUUCACACACCCUGGGGUCGAAAAGAUUAUAAGAGAAGAACUUAAGGCGAUCAUCCCGAUGGGAGAAGGCGAAAAACAGAGGCUUUUUACGGUGGACGAGUUGAAAAAUGUAGUUUAUUUACAUGCUGCAUUGUGCGAAACAAUGAGGCUAUAUCCCCCUGUUCCAUUACAACACAAGACUCCACAAGAACCCGAUAUUCUCCCAAGUGGUCACCGUGUUCAUCCGAAGAUGAAAGUGCUGAUUAAUAUGUAUGCAAUGGGGAGGAUGGAAUCUAUAUGGGGAAAGGAUGCAUUAGAGUUCAAGCCAGAGAGAUGGAUUUCGGACCGGGGAACGGUCAAACAUGAGCCAUCUUACAAGUUCUUGGCUUUCAAUGCAGGGCCAAGGACUUGCUUAGGGAAAGAAGUUGCAUUUACUCAAAUGAAAGCUGUGGCUGCUGCUAUCAUCCAUAAUUACCAAAUUGAAAUGGUGAAAGGUCAUGUGGUUUACCCCACUUGCUCCAUCAUGCUCCACAUGAAACAUGGUUUUAAGGUUAGGGUUAAGAAGAGGUGGGCAUAGUUGGGCAUAGUAUAUUUUUCUUUUAUGGUUUACAUAUACAAUCUUGAACAAUGCACACCUCAUAAGUUAGUUUAUUGUUAUUGAGUUAUGCUCAAAUUCCAUUUUUUUACAUGGUAUCGGUCAAGACUCAUCUCAAUUGUGACGGAUACC